AUGCAGCUCAGGAGGCUUCUGACCAGGCUGUGGGGGUUGCAGCACCCCCCAAUUGCUUCUUCCUCCCUCAUGCUGCUUCUCUGCCUCUUCUGGCUGAUGGGCAUUGGGGAAAACUUGGCCUUAGUGCCUGGCCUGCUUCUCAAACCUUUCUAUGCCUAUCGCCUGGUGACCUACUGCCUGUGCCACACAGAUGGCACCCACCUUCUCUUCAAUUUGCUGCUCUUCCUGUUGCUGGGGUGGCAUCAGGAGGUGCGUCUGGGCACGCUUCGCUACCUCCAUGCCUCACUCCUUGGAGCCGUCUUCUCGGCCCUGCUGUACCUCCUGCUAGCUGGACUGUGGGGUGCCCAGCCCGCCGCUGCUGUCGGUGGCUACACACCUGUGCACCUGGCCAUGCUGGGGCAACACCAAAGGCAACAGAAGCGGAGGGGAAUCUCAGGAGCGAUUCUGGCGGCUCUUGUGGCUGGGUUGCUGCUUGGGUUCAGCCAGCUUCUACUGCCCAACUCACCUUUCCUCCUGCACGCCAGCGGGCUGCUGACAUGCCUGGCCUACUGUGCCGGGAUUUUCUCCCCACUGGAACUGUCAGAGAGAAACCUGGAAAGGCUGCACAAUGGUAUCAUCUGCAGGACACUGGUAGGGGCCUCUUUCCUGCCCUUUGUCAUGCCCCCAACAACUGGACUCCUUCCAAUGGCCAACCCGGCAGCCAGAAUGGAAAGGAUUCCUUCUGUUCUGGAACCUCAAGCCCAACCAGUCUUCCCAAGAGUUUUGCCCACCCAGCCUCUACCUCCAACAUCAUCUCUCUCUUACUGGGGAGGAGAAAAUAUUGAGCUGGGGCAGGAAUCUGGGCUGACAUACAUGUUUGGUUCUCCACCUCCCUUCCUGGGUCCCUCUGGGACUUCAAACAUUCCUUUUUCAGUCCUGCACGAAUCCCUGGUUGAUGAAGAGAUGCUGCAGGCUGGAAUCCAGGCCUCUUUGCAGGAUGUGACCGACAGAGAAGUGAAGCUAUCCAAAUCAUCUGUCUCUUCUCUCCGGCUCCAACAGCUCCAGAAGAUGGGCUUCCCAACAGAGCAGGCCGUGGUGGCUCUGGCAGCUACAGGCCAUGUCGAGGGCGCUGUCUCCUUGCUGAUCGGAGGCCACGUUGGAGAUGCAGCUGUGGUGACAGCAGAAAGCCAACCGGCCCACCACAAACUGAGGGUGACCAACCAAUGA